CUCUGCAUACCCGACAAAUGAUAUUCUAGUUCCCUUGAAAAUAUAUAUAAUAAAAAUUUGCAAUUUACUUUCAAGUAAAUUUUUCUUUAAAAAAACUACCCUUUUCUGCUUUUUAAUAUUUGAAUCUUUAUUCAAACAUAUGAAUAUCGUAAAUAUAACGGGAUAGAAGCGGAAAGAUGAGAAAUUACGCAAUAAAUUCGGCAUUAGAAUGACAUUGAAAAAUUCAUUUUAUUAUAAUAGAAGAAAAGUUUUUCAAGAAGAUGGCUUCACGAAUAGUAGCUAGUGCUACAGUCAGAGCUGUCAAAGGAAGAAAAAUUCUUCCUACUCGAGCUGCUCUAGUUUUAACAGCCAAUGCAGUUAAGAAAAUAAAAGAAAUUUUAAGAGAGAGAUCGGACUGUAUUGGUCUUAAAGUUGGAGUAAAACAACGUGGUUGUAAUGGACUUAGUUAUACGUUGGAUUAUGCAACAGAAAAAAGUAAACUUGACGAAGAAGUAAUUCAGGAUGGUGUAAGAGUGAUAAUUGAUAGAAAAGCACAACUUUCACUCCUAGGCACUGAAAUGGACUUUGUAGAAAAUAAAUUAAGUUCCGAAUUUGUAUUUAACAAUCCAAAUAUUAAAGGAACUUGUGGUUGCGGAGAAAGCUUUUCUGUAUAAAUAGUAGUAAUAAUUGAAAAUUAUGUACAAAAGUUUAAAUGAAUUCUAGUAUCACCUAUUUUUUCAUUGAAAUAGAGCAACGUAAAAGUAUUAUACUUAAUUAUUACAAACUGUAAUGGUAAGUAAAUCAAUUAAUAAGUGAUAUUUUUACUACUGUUUCUGAUGAAUAUACGUAGCUCUUUGCUCUCUCAGAAAAGCAAGCAUAGGAACUUAAUAAUCUCAAUAUAAAACUUCUUUUAGUACUUUUGAUUUUAUAGUCACAAAUUUAUUAAGGAUUUUAAGAUAAUAUAUAACACUACUUUAGUUAAUACAAUUUGUUUUCUUGUUGUGAAUUUAGUAGCUUUUUAUGUUCAUUGUUUUGUGAGCUACUAGAAAAAUAAACAUAAAUUUCUGAUAAAA